AUGGUGACGGAUGGAGGAGGCUGGACGGUGUUUCAGCGAAGGCAGGAUGGCGCGGUCGGCUUCAACCGGACAUGGCAGGAGUACAAGCAAGGUUUUGGCAUUCUUCAAGGAGAGCAUUGGCUGGGCAAUGAACAUCUGCACAGCCUAACCAGGUCCAGCCAGCACACCCUUCGUAUCGAACUAGAGGACUGGUACGGUGUGAAACGGCACGCCGUCUAUCGAAAAUUCAAAGUCGCCAAUGAGCAAAACAAGUAUCGACUUACCGCCAGGGAGUACCACGGGAACGCCGGAAACGCUCUUAGCUACAGCCGAAACUACAACCACGAUCACAAGUAUUUCACAACGUAUGACAGCGAUAAUGACAAUUAUACGUCGGGAAACUGCGGGAUGUAUUACGGAUCUGGUUGGUGGUUUGACACCUGCCUGGCGGCCAAUCUAAAUGGGAAGUAUCACAAGGGGCGGUACAUCGGCGUGACCAGCGGAAUCUACUGGGGGACUUGGUACAUUCUGACAGAUAAGAGGACGAAUCAGAAAUACUCGUUCAAGAGAGCCGAAAUGAAAACAAGGAUACUGAACUCCUAA